AUGGCUUCCAACCCGCCUGGUCACUGCUGCACCGCCGGAUUCCAACAUGAAGGAGAGCUGGUCGGAUCGAUGAUCAAGAUUGCAGAUGGAAUCAAUGCUUAUCUUGCGGUUCCCGCCGCUGGGCGGGAAAAGAAACUCGGGACAGCAUUGCUGUAUAUUCCAGACAUCAUGGGCGUCUGGCAAAACGCCAAGCUCCUUGCUGACCAGUAUGCCGCUCGUGGAUAUCUCUGUCUUGUUCCCGACAUUUUCCUCGGCGAUCCCGUCCCUAUAAAUCGACCUGAUGACUUUGAUGUCAAGAAGUGGAUCAUGCAGGGUUCGGAUGGGAGCUCUCCUCACACAUCAAACAUUAUCGAUGAUAUCGUAAAGAGGGCCAUUUUGUAUCUUACCAGUCAACAUGGCGUUGUCAAGCUUGGCGCUAUUGGCAUUUGCCUUGGAGCUAAGUAUGUUGCUCGUCACUUCAGCUCCGGGAUAGCUGUGGGCUUCAUUGCUCACCCAGCAUUCAUGGAGGAAGCGGAGUUGGAAAAUAUUACAGGGCCCCUCUCCAUCGCUGCCGCCGAGAAUGACUAUAUAUUCACCACCGAAAAGCGCCACAAGUCUGAGGAAAUUCUAUCUAAUAAGACACCUAAGGUCCCGUACCAGGUUUGUCUGUACUCAGGAACUACCCAUGGAUUUGCAAUUCGUUGUGAUCGGAGUAUUCCUGAGCAGAAAUUUGCUAAGGAACAGGCGUUCUUACAGGCUGUUAACUGGUUUGAUGAAUAUCUUCUUGGAUAA